GCUUUUGAUAAGGGUACAGCAUGUUCACCAAAGCGAUAGAUCUUCACCCCAAAAUCAGAAAUAGUUAACAAAAUCACCUCAACUUUCCAUUCUCCCCCUAGAAAUGAAAUUAUUCAGCGUGCUUAGAAACCGCAUCAGAAGCCGCCUGGAGUUAAUGCGAGCUCGGAUGAAUAUGCGACGGAUCUUAGAUCAUGAGCUUAUUGGGAGGUAUUGUGGUCUUUUGUUUAUUCCAUUCGUUAUGUACGUUUGCAUAGGACGCAUGAAUAUAUAUUCGGAUAAUCGAAUACGCGAUGCUUUGAAAACGCAAAGGAAUGUGCCAUAGUAACUUCAGCUUUUUGGUUGUUGCUACUUUUAUAGGCUUUUCCAAACAAUAGGUUUAUUACCAGGUCCAGAGAAUAAACACUAACCGCAAUUGAGAGAGUAAAAU